AUGUCAUCCUCGCAGGCUCACGAUUUGAUGUUACGGCCCCCCGACGAUGCCAUACAAGAGUUCAUCGCACACAACAGUGGAAUGCCCGAUCCAACGGUUUUAAUGUCAGCGAUUGAAGAUGACAAACAGCAACGCCAUGAGCAAGAAAAGCGCCAGCUUCAGGCAUACUUUUCGGGUGCUUCUGCUGCAAGUCUCGAAUUUCAAUUCCUGGGAAACGAAAGUAAACAGCUGGCGGAAGCGUUGCAGCGUCUAUCUCCUGAUGACCCUAACAAAGUUUGGACAUUCCAUGAGUUCGAAACCGCGGUUCUGGCCGCAAAGUCCAAAUGGGAGAGCAAGAAGCGACUCGGCGGAGGCAAGGUGCAAGCGACUUUCCAUAAGAUCAUGGGCAAGUUCAAGGCGCAUUCGACCCUCUUCAGCGUCAUACCGAAAGGCAAUCAGUACACCUCAGUCAUCUACUGGGCAUGUUCAGUCUUGGUCAAUACUUCAGUCCAACACACCGAUACAAUCGAAGAACUGGCAAACAUAAUGGAAGUUGUGAAUGAAGCAGCCACGAUCGUCGAGACAGAGUCCAAAUUGUUCCCGAGUGAAAUCGUCCAGCAAGCAGUGGCCAAAUUUUACACGGCUGUUUUCCUACUUCUUGGAGACGUUGCAAUAUGGUACACAUCGAAAAGUAGAGAGAAGUUCCGCAACAGUCUACACGACGGCUUCCAUAAACAAUUCGCUACUGGACUACAGAAUAUACAACGAAUGUCUGCAGUGGUAGGUCGCACGGCCUCCCUCGCAGCAUCGGCGGAAGGCAGGUACACCCGGCUUUCAAUUGAGGAUUUGAGGCAAGAGUUACUCGACGAAAGGGCCGGACUGAGUGGAACCAUGAGAGUGAUUGCCCAGUCAAUGUCAGAACAGUUCGCAGCGCAUGUUCAGCGCUUUGAGGAACAAAGCAGAUUGCAGCACGAAGAAACCAGAAGACAAAUCUUGGCAGCGGUGGGCACCCAGAUGAAUAGCACUCAGGCGUCAUAUCGCAAGGUCGCAGAGACAGGAUGGGACUUUCUGCGAGCGAAUCUCAAACAGAUCACUCACGCUAAUGCAAACAGUGACAGCACAAACCAACUCGUUUACGCUGGACAAAGGCAACUUGAUAUGGCUAGGGACUCAGCAACAAAGAGCACGUCACCACAAAACAGUGCCCCUCCACAAAGCCAGAUAUUUUCUCGUUCAAACGUUGCGGUAAAUGUGUCUCAGUUGCAGGCUCGGAUGGAGAAAUUACUAGUUUAUGUCACGAGAGGAGCUAGGAUCUUGGAUGAGCCUGAAGAUGUGCUUCCCAUCUCAACGCACGAAAGAGUCACAGUCGCGAUAGGAUCAUGGCUGCAAUCUUCCAGGUCCAGUCUGCUUUACCUCGAAUACCCUACAAUCACACAUCUCAUACCCGAAAUAUCCUUGGUAGCCUACCGAAUCGUCCUCUCAGCUGAUUCCUUAAAUGCCCCGGUGUUGUCUUUCUUCUGCAGACAAAGUGCAGCACCGGAACAAGGAUCGUCUUCCGCAGAUGCUGACCCUCUUGUGGGUCUGGUUUAUUCAAUGACAUACCAGAUUCUCACUCAAAUACCGACGCUUCAAAAUCAAAGCAGCAUCGAUCCGAAUGCAGAUUUCAAUGGGCUCAACGCGACUAGUUGGACAAAAGCUCUUGAGCUCUUCGCCAAGGCGCUGGAGCUUCUUCCACCGCUGACACUAUGCAUCCUUGAUGGCCUUGAGGAUUUCGAGAGGGGGAGAGAGUCCCACAUCGUUGAGUUGGUGAAUGUGUUCCGGAAGCAAUUGAAUCGAUCGGAGAAGACUUUGAAGGUGCUUUUCACCUCCUCAGCCCGAUCAUUUGGGCUUUUGGGAUGUCUGAGUGGAAGCGAAAUCGAUAUUGUUGAUUCAACUACUCGUGGUUUUGGGGGGCGUGGGAGGACGCUCUUCAUUGUCUAA